AAUUUGAAAAACCAGACGAGCACAUUUACAUUUGCGUCUUCAUAAUCUGCAUAUAAAAUAGCCAGAUGUUAUAUAUGUACUUGCUAUCUUGAAUUCAGAAAAAAAUAGCAAGAAGGCUUCAUGGGUUCUAUACAAAAGAAACCACAUGCCUUGUGCAUACCAGCCCCAGCACAAGGCCAUAUUAACCCCAUGCUAAAAGUUGCUAAAAUUCUCCAUUCCAAAGGCUUUCAUAUUACCUUCGUUAACACCGAGUUCAACCAUCAACGACUCCUCAAAUCUCAGGGCUCCGACGCCCUACAUGGCCUCCCUUCCUUCUGCUUCGAGACCAUUCCUGAUGGCCUUCCGCCGGCCCAGAACCCUGAUGAAACCCAAGUUUUCCCAACCUUAUGGAAGUCCAUGGAUGAAACUUGUCUGGGUCCGUUUAAAAGUCUGCUUACCAAACUGAAUGCUUCAUCUUCACCGGUGACUUGCAUAGUUGCAGACUUAUUCAUGGGCUUCACCCUCGAUGCAGCCAAAGAACUUGAUAUCCCCGAGAUAGUCCUAUGGACCAGCGGUGUUGGUGCUCUAAUGUGUGUUCAUGAGCAGCACAAUCUAUUGGAGAGAGGUUUGGUGCCACGUGAAGCAUCGAGUUUUUUAGCAAAUGAGCAUUUAGAUACCAUGAUUGAUUGUGUACCAACCAUGUCGGAGAGAGCAAAAAAAGCUUCUGCCAUCAUCUUCAACAGCUUUUAUGAACUAGACAGCGACCUUUUGGAUGCGCUUUCUUCAGUCUUUCCUCCGUGCUAUGGUGUUGGUCCGUUUAAGUUACUAGAGAAGGAAAUUGAUGAAUCAGUAGAGUUCAUCAAAUCAAAUCUUUGGAAAGAAGAGAACACCUGUUUGAAAUGGCUAGAAUCUAAACCAAAAUCAUCGGUUAUUUAUGUGAAUUUUGGUAGCACUACAGUGAUGUCACAUCAACAUCUGCUUGAGUUUUGUUGGGGACUUGCAAAGAGCAAUUGUCUGUUCUUAUGGAUAAUACGUCCAGAUCUUGUGGAUGGCAAAUCUGCAGUGCUUCCACCAGAGUUUUUGGAAGAGACAAGCAGUAGAGGGAUGUUGGCUAGUUGGUGCCCACAAGAACAAGUUCUAAAUCACCCUUCAAUUGGAGGAUUUCUAACGCAUAGUGGAUGGAAUUCGACAAUUGAAAGUAUUUCCAGUGGAGUCCCAAUGAUUUGUUGGCCGUUUUUUGCUGACCAACUAACCAAUUGCUGGUCGUGUUGCAACAAGUGGGAGAUUGGCAUGGAGCUUGACAGUGAUGUAAAGAGAGAAGAAGUUUCCAAGCUAGUCAUUGAGUUGAUGAAUGGAGACAAAGGGAAAGAGAUGAGGAAGAAUGCAAUCGACUUGAAGAACAAGGCCGAAAAAGCAUGUACCUCUCCUUUUGGUUCAUCCAUUGCGGCAUGCAUAGCAUCGUCUUUCAUUUCCCUCGUCGAUCUCUCCGCUAUACCAAUAUCCGGUUCACUUCCGCCAUGCGUGCAAAUCAUGUUUCGUCAAGUAGCUUCUCAUCUCCUUGACCUACCACCACUUACUCCGCCACCGCUACCACCACCACCCACCGCCUAUUCUCCACCGACGUCACCAAUACCGCACCGGGAGAUGAAGGGUUUGUUGAGGAUCGGAAGAAAGUUGUUCCGAACAUAG